AUGGCUCCAAUUCCACCACAACACACUCCUCGAAUUGUCAUAUACUAUCAAACUCAACAUAAUCCAGAUGGCACACCAUGCUCAAUUCUUCCCAUCAUAACACAACCCAACAUAUCGGUCACGCAUGUCAAUGUCGCCGCAAUCCAUCUGAACGAUCCUCCAGGCAACAUAACCCUGAAUGAUCACGCACCAAGUGACCCAAGAUAUGUUACAACAUGGGCAGAACUUCGGGUACUCCAAGCUUCUGGAAUCAAGGUUCUGGGAAUGCUCGGGGGUGCCGGCAAAGGAUCCUUCACAAGACUUGACCUGGAUGAGUCUACAUUCGAAUUAUACUAUUGCCCACUGCGGGAUCUUGUGCGAGAAAGAGGGCUCGAUGGGUUGGAUUUGGACGUGGAAGAACCGAUGACUCUCGCGGGUAUCAUACGAUUGAUUGAUCGAUUAAAGAGCGAUUUUGGACCCGAAUUUAUCAUCACACUGGCACCCGUGGCUCCAGCACUGAUGUCGGACAACCCAAGGCAUAAUCUGAGUGGUUUUAACUACGAGGCGUUGGAGGUCAUGAGGGGUAGAGAUAUCGCAUGGUACAAUACUCAAUUCUACUGUGGCUGGGGUGAUUUGAGCAAGACAGACGGCUUCGACUUUAUAGUCUCCAGAGGAUACGCUUCAGAGAAGAUUGUUAUUGGAAUGGUUACAAAUCCAGGCAAUGGCAGUGGCUGGGUUCCGUUUGAGAUCUUGCAAGAAGUGUUAAUCACUUUGAAGAACAGAUAUCCGGGUUUUGGUGGAGUUAUGGGUUGGGAAUAUUUCAACUCCCUGCCAGGAGACAGAGACCGACCGUGGGAAUGGGCUGCUUUCAUGACAAGAAAUGUCAGGCAUAUUCUACCAGGCUCCGUAGUACCAGGAACGUCAGUGCCAAUGACGAAUCCAACUGGUGAUUCCAUUACGCAAAACCCAUUUCUGGUGGAUAUUGGCAGCAGUUCCAAAACCGAAGCACCGGUUCCUAAAUCGUUCGACUACUACUCUGACGGGAGUAUCGAGGGAUGA